GAAGGAUGUUGGCGCACAAGACUGAAGCGGCGCACUUUGGGCGAACGCGGCUGGCGGUAAACGUAUUGGUGUGUUUUCUGUUGAGGGACAGUCAUGUUUCUCCAGUAUUACCUCAACGAGCAGGGCGAUCGCGUCUAUACUCUAAAGAAAUUUGACCCCAUGGGACAACAGACUUGCUCUGCCCAUCCUGCUCGGUUCUCCCCAGAUGACAAAUACUCAAGACACCGAAUCACCAUCAAGAAACGCUUCAAGGUGCUCAUGACCCAGCAACCGCGACCUGUCCUCUGAGGGCUUGUUAAUCUCUUGUGUUACUCGUCCCCCGGCCGAUUAUCAGCAACCAAACACUUCAUUCCGUGAGCCUGGAAGCCUUCCCAUGCUGUUUAGAAUCCCCUCUCACUCACUAAAGUCUGUGGUGAUGGGCAUCGCCCGUAAAAGGAACGACUUUUUUUCCAUGUUUUGAUUUACUGCCCGGUUAUUAAAGAUACAAUGACUUGAAAGUUCGUUUUGUGUGUUUUUGGAAGAAAAGAUGGGGGAAAGGAUAGUACCGCUGCUGGUACAAGGCCACUUGUAAAUCCUCAUUGUAGCAGUAGAGCUGGGCUAUCAAUGAUAGGUUGUUGAGGAAGAAAGACUGUGAAAGACUCCUACAAAGGUCAGCAUUCACUGGAAAAAUACUCUACUGUCUAAUCGUGUCCCCUUUAAAAUAUAUUCCGAAUUCUUCAAAGAUAAAAAAUGUAUGUGUGUAUUAGUAUUUUACCGACGUAUAUCUAAGCAUAUGUGUCCUGGUAACCACUAAGGCCAGAAGAGGGAGUCAGAUCCCUGGUGACUAGAGUUAGACAGUGAGUGACAGCCAGCCUUUAU